AUGGCGGCCUGUGGCUUGCUGGAGGCUUGCCUGGCCCGGGUGCUCUUCUACCCGACGCUCCUCUACACGGUGCUGCGGAAUAAGAUGCCGGGCCGGGCGCACUACAAAUGGUACCACCGCAUCGACUCCACCGUGUUGCUGGGCGCGCUGCCGUUGCGGAGUAUGACACAUCUGUUGGUGCAGGUGGAGAACGUCCGCGCCGUGAUCACCAUGAAUGAGGAAUACGAGACGAGGUUUCUGUGCAACUCCUACAAGGAAUGGAAACGAGUCGGGGUCGAACAACUGCGCCUCAGCACCGUGGACAUGACUGGCAUCCCCAGCCUGGCCCAUCUCCACCAAGGGGUCCAGUUUGCACUCAAGUACCGGGCCCAGGGCCAGAGUGUCUAUGUGCACUGUAAGGCUGGGCGCUCCAGGAGUGCUACCAUGGUAGCGGCCUAUCUGAUCCAGGCCUACAGCUGGAGCCCCGAGGAAGCCGUAGAGGUCAUCACCUGCAUCCGCUCACACGUCCUCAUCAGGGCUGGCCAGCUGGCAGUUCUCCACCAGUUCCACAAGGAAGUCACUUCAGGGAAAGGAGAUGAGAAGAUGCCUGAUAAACCUCCUUUCUACAGAAAUCUAAUAGGACCGAAGGGAAUAGAGCGUCAACUUGUAGCAUGA